CGCCGCCACCAUGACCGCGGACCCGUCGGCGCAGCUCCCCGACAGCCUCCGCACGGACCAUGUUCCAUGCCUUUUUUAGAUCUACCUUACCAGUUCUGCCACUGCUCCUUGUUCUGUCUCCAGUGAAUGCAUCUACCUGUGCAAUGCGAAAUAAAACAACAGAAAUCCGUGUGAAGUAUGAGAAUAUACUAAGUCACGACAUCAAUGAGCUGGUAAAAAUGUCUGCAGAGAAUCGUGACAGGUGCUGCAAGAAUAAAAAAUAUGAAAAUAUCAAAGUGUUUUUCUGCAAUGAUACUGAGGAAAUAGAAUCACUACAGAGCAUGGCAUGCAACAUGCUCAGAUUCUUUAAUAAGCAGAGGAUCAACAAAGCCUUUAGACAGAAAGCAGCAUUCGUCUCAUGUGGGACAUUACAAGUUCUACAGUGUAAAUGUGAAAGACCUAAAAAAGAAAAGGUUUGCUCACAUGUAUUUAGUUUAGAAGAUACAGAGACAGGUGAACAGUCCAAAAAGAAAUGUAACCAAGAAGUUUGUGAACUGAAAGAAAAUAUAUCUAGUCUUCGAUCCUGCUGGAAUAAAUUUGAAAAAAUAAUUUCCAGGUGAUUCCAGGUGAAUCCUGCUCUUUUCUUUCGAAGUGGCAUUACUUGGUAUCUUUGCAUUUUAUAUGCAUUCUUCAAGUAAACUUGCUCGCUUAUAUGAACACUUUAUGCCAGAAUUCUGAUGGAAGGCUACUACUGUACCUUGUUCCUGGAGAUGACAGAAACAGAAAUGGCUGAACCAAGCUGCUGAAGUCCGAGAAGUGGAAAUAGAAGACCAGCAUUUGAAACAAAGAACUCUGCAGAAGUCUGUGUCCAACUUUUGUGCUCUGGAAACUACUCUGUAUUUUCCGAUUCUUCAAGUAACCUUAUAAUACUGUCAUAUGAAAGCAGCCACUUACAUGUGUACUGGAUUUUACAAAAACAUCUUGGAAUCUGCAGGUGAAGAAAAAGAGUAUGAAAAGUAUGAAAAAGUAGCUGGUUGCUUUAUAUUUAUGCAAAACACACCAAGGACCAAAAGUAACAAUUUACCAAAGCAGCAGAUUAUCGUGGAUAUGUUCUCCUGACACAGAAGUGGUUUUGGUGUGGGUCUGAUGGGUCUGCUAACUGAUUUGGGUUUGGAAAAACAGGGAAAAAGUUAGCUUUUUGAAAAAACUCAAGAAGGGUACUGAUUUUUGAGAGAUGCAGCAUGCUUCUGCUGGCUGAAGCACAGGCAAGACUGAAUCCUGUGGAAGAAGAAGAAGAUGCCUGAAUGUAAGUUGUUCAGUUGACUGGAAACAGCACUACACUCAUUCAUUUGAUCAACCCAGAGUUAGCUGCAGGAGGAGCUAGAAUUCCUUAGCUUCAGAUUGUGAUUUCUCAUAUGCAAUUAUUUUAUGUAACAUGUUUUAAGAUGUUAGGCAAACAUGACUUAAAAUAUGUGAAUAUUGUCAGAGAAUAAU